AUGGCGCCUUCCUCGGAGAAGAACAACGCCGGCACGCCAGGUCGACGCAAGAAGUCCGAUAACCAAUACUUCGACAUUGGCAAGGUUGGACGGAAGACUGGUAUCACACUGAAGGACACAGGAAUACGCGACGAACAUGGCCUCGAACCUGUUUCCGGCAUUUUCUCUUCACCAAAUGACACCGACAUCCUGGGAAAUAAGACGCUCACAGAUGAAGGUAUGGACUUGGACGAUACCUCUGCGCCGGAAGUAAGAGACGCCCUCACUUCACGAAAGACACCACGACUACCGCCGACGCGACAAUCGCCCCUGAAGCACACCAGUAUUGGAGGAUCUCCGAGGCGGUCAUCGGUGAAACGAGCUCUCAACGCACAAGACGACGAAGACGAGGACACUCCCGAGCAGCCAGCCGCGAAUCGAAGACUUGACUUCAACAAGAACCGCAAGAGUGUCAACGUUGCAGACAACCAGAGCCCAUUCAAGCCAAGGAAGGUGCUACGGAGGUCAAUGAAUGCCAGGCCGGAUCCAUUCUCACUCGAGGACGAUGAGACUGCGAAAACCUCGAUCGAGUACACCAACGAAUUCAUGGAGGACGAUGACAAUGUGGAGCAGUCGAUUGAAGGCGACGAUGGGCCAAUUAUGAUGGAUGAUAAUACUCUUGAACCUGAGCAGACUGCGGCGGAUGUCGAAGAGACAAAAGUCCCUGCGAAACGCGGAAGGGGAAGACCUCGAAAGUCGGACCAAUCUGUGGACAACAGUCAAAUACAGCCAUCUUCGAACACGACUACAAGGAAACGUGGCAGACGAAGCUUGGAAGACAGCGAAGUUGUGGCCGAGAGCAGUGCACAAGGAGCGAUGAGACCGCCUGCAAAGAAGAAGCGCUCUUCAAAUGUCACUGUUCACCGAGACGAAGGCACUGAGCUUGCAGACCCGUCUGAGCUCGCCCGUAACGAUCAGACUGUGUUCGAUGACAACUCCAACAUAGUCCAACAGGACUCGCAAGCAGACCUCGACUCACAGCUCCAAGCACAGGGCGAGGCGCAGCCACCGAAGAAGGGAAGAGGACGGCCAGCUAAGGGCAAGAAGAAUGCGGCGCCAAAGGAACGGGAUCCCAACAGGGCGAUGGGAGUGCCUGUUACAGCGACUGGGAGUCCCGUCAAACUCAACGAUUCACCCUCGAAGCUGAAUCGUCGUGGGAGCGUAGGUCCUGUCAGCAACGUCAACUUACGAGCGAUGACACCUCACGAGGACGCUCGAAAGAUCUCGAGAGCAGGCCGGAAUUGUAUCGAACCACUGAAGUUCUGGGAGAAUGAAUCUCGAAUAUGGAAGAACGGCGAGAUCGAAGGCAUCAUCCGUGCCGAACACGUCGACAAGCCCCAAGACAACCGCAGAAGGAAGAAGAAGGGUCGUAAGCGCACUGGCAGUCGUCUUAACGCGAUCGAGGAAGAAAGCGAGACGGAAUCUGUGAUGCCUGACGAGUGGGAAGAGACCAUGGGCGUGAUCACGGGCAAUGUGGCCAACUGGAACGCAUCAACAAAGGCAGGCGAUCCAAAUGAUCCUGUGCAGGAAGAUAUCGCCUUCGCGUCAUCGUCCAUCAUCACGCGCGACGUGGCAGGGUCGGAGUUCAAGUACGCCAAGAUCAUGACACUGCCCUUCUUCGGCGCUGGCAUCGUCGAGGUACCGCCGGAAGGCUUCAAGCGCGCGAAGAACAGUCGCAAAAUGCAGAUGGUGUUCUUUGUGCACGAGGGAAAAGUGUUGGUGGAGGUUGGUGCCACUGGCAUGGAAGUCAAUCAGUUCGCGCUGAGCAAGGGUGGCGCUUGGAUCGUGCCCAGAGGUAAGCCUGCUGCUGUUCCCUUCUUCCCUUUGCUGCCCACUCAACUCUAUCCAUUCUACCUGCCACCCCCGGAUCUACCACCCACUUUUCCCCGGAACGGGAGACGUCUGGCAUCAAAUCGGCGGUGCUUCGGCGCGAGGGCGUCGCAUGGAGGAGACGUACCGGAUCAGCUUCACGUCACAAUACCACGGCUCUUGACGCUCCCGCGCUCUCGCCUUUGCGACGACUCUCUUGGCGACGGCUGCGCUCUGCGAAGCGGUGAACUCGCCGCAAGAACAAUGCCAUUCUGGUUUCCUUGGCUACGACUGCAGGUAUCCAGCACCUGA